CCACUAAUGUAAUUUUUCGAAUCGAAAUUUCGGACUUGUGUAACGGUUGAUAUUAAAAAUACAAAUUUUGCGUAAGUAAUUGAAAAAAUUAACAUUCUUUUAGUGUUUUGAUCUGUUGUUGAAAAGAUGGAUGCAAAGAAAAAGGCUCCUACUAAGAAGGGUUCGAAGAAACAAUUCAGAAAUUAUGCUGUUUUGGGUGGUGUAUCUGUGGCUGAAAUGAGUAGAGAGCAGUUGGAAGAACAUAUAAAUCAGUUACAACAAGAAAUUGAGCGAGAAAAAGAAGAUCGGAACUACUUCCAGAUGGAACGAGAUAGAAUUCAACUGUUUUGGGAAGUUACUAAGCAGCAGCUGGAAGAGAAAGAUGCACUUCUCCGAUUAAAGGACAGUGAAAUUGAUGAAGCUGCAUUAACUCAUCUGGCAGAAAUUAAACUGUACAAACAGAAAAUGAAGCACGUCAUGUUUGAAUGUCAGCAGCAUAUUGAUGAAAAGAUGAAAGAAAAGAUGGGUGAAAAGAUUAUGGCUGAAGAAGAGCAUGAACUGAAAAUCCAUCAUUUAGGAAAUGAAAUCAACAAACUUAAUGAUGAAAUAAUGAAACUGAAAAUUGAUCACAGUGAUGAAACUAUUAACCAGAGACUGAAACAUGCAGAAGAAUUGUGCGCCCUACAUCAAAAAUAUCAUACAGAAAUGGAUAUUGCCAAAAGCAAAGGUGUUCAGGAAAUACAAAGUAUAAGAAAUGAUUUAGAGCUUCAGAAAACAAAGGUAAUUCAAGAAAUAGAAGAUGGGAAAGACGCUCAUGUGCAACAUCUUAUUCAAACCCAUGAAGAGCUGUUUAAAAGAAUGAAAAAUUUUUACAAUGACAUAAUCAAUAAUGACAUUUUGCUAAUUAAAAGUUUGAAAGACCAAAUACAAAAUUUUGAGCGAAAACAACAUUACUUAAAAGAGAAAAUACAAAAAUUUGGUAAGGAAAUCACUAUCUAG